AUGUUUCUCGCGUCGUUUGGAGACGGUGUGGACAUAGCGGCGACGAUGGAUUUUCAAGCUCUUGUGAGAUAUGAACAUAACGGAAGCAUCUUUUACGGAAAUCUCGUGCGAAGUAGCGACUAUGGCCACGUUGUCGAGCGACUGUAUGGGAAUUUGGAGAACGGAUUGGAGAGGACAAACAUCAGAGAUACGGCGGUGAAACUCCCCGUAUCCGCCUACCCCAUCAUCUUCACCAAGCCGCCAGACGCACUCGCAGGUCCCUACGAUCCAAUCCUCGUCCACAAGGACGCGCAAGACCAGCUAGACUACGAGGGGGAGCUCUGCGUCAUCAUCGGCCGCGACGUGAAGAACGCGACUCUCUCCAACGCCAUGGACCACGUCCUCGGGUACGCCGCCGGAAACGACGUGACCGCCCGCAAUUUCCAGCUCCCCGGCGCCUCUGGUGGCCAGUACUCCUACUGUAAGUCGUUUGACGGCUUCGCUCCGAUCGGGCCGGCCAUUUGGUCGCCGCGCGUCGUUCCGGACCCGUGCGCGCUGCGGUUCCGCACGAGGGUCAACGGCAGGGUCGUGCAGGAGACGGAGACGUCUGAUAUGAUUUGGUCGGUAGCGCAGGUCAUCGUUCACCUUUCGCGGGGGACGACGCUGAGGAAGGGGACGGUGGUGAUGAUGGGCACGCCGGGGGGCGUUGGGUAUGCGCGCGGCAGCUUUUUGAAACACGGCGAUGUUGUCGCGGUCGAGAUUGAUGGCCUCGGUAGGAUCCAGAACGAAAUUGUGUUUGAGGGGCACCAUGUAGAAUAG